AUGGUUUGUCGCGUGAAGAGUUUCUGGUGCUCCAGGAGCAGCUUCUGAACUUGAGGAAUCGCAAUUAUGAAUUGCAGGAAGAAUUGAAAAAGAAGACAAAUGAAAUUCAACAGUUGUCGAGUAAUAAUGCUUUUCAAUUUGCAAGUAAAGUAAGUUUUUUGGAAAAUAUUUAAUAAGCAUAUUUCAACAAAGUGUUCAUUUUUAGUUGAUAAAUCGAAGUUCGAGUUCAAAAAAAGAUGAUGAUUUCGAAAAUCUCCGCAAAAAAUUAGAAAUCCAAGAGGAGGAAUUCAAACUACAGCAAUCUACAUUAUUCCAAGAGAUGAAUUCAUUAUCUGCAGAAAAUGAUAAACUCAAGAACCAGCUAAAAUCACAUCCUUUGGAAAAAGGACCCGAAAACAAUUCGGAUUUUGAAGAACAACUUGAAAAAAUGACGAAAAAAGCAGAGGAUAGUGAAAAAUUGACCAGAGAUCUUGAAGACAUGUUACUAGAAAAUCGCAAAAAAUUGGAGGAUUCGAAAAAAGAAAUUGGGAGAUUUUGGAGAGCUACAAAAGGAAUUGGACAAUAUUAA